CCACCCACCAACCCACUUGGCAGAUUUGCAGCCCAUCAGGCCUACUCCCUGGAAGCCUGGAACUCUGGGUCCCUCAAGUCCCAGCCCUCCACCACCCCCCUGCGGGAAUGUUCAAAAAUGAGUACCAGGGUGGUGCAUUUGUUGAAAUCUUCAGUGCUCAGGGGAAAAAUCCUGGAGCUAAAUGGAAGAUCCUUGGGAGUCCAUCUGUGAUUUGGAAAGAGUUUGAUAAGGAAGUUAAAAGUUUUGUGUUUGUCCUGGAAGGCAGCAGUCAAACAAACAAAAUUCAGUUACCAAAAGAGACUAAGCAAAUUCUUGGACUGAUCCAGAGAUUUCUUGUACUUCAGAUUUACAUACCCUUGGGACAGGACUUCUCUACUGAAUUGCUAAUUACUGAUUUAGGGAACAUAAAGAGAAGAUUAUAUUUAUCAACAGUCCAUAAGGAACUGUCCUCAACACCUCUUCAUGCAAAAAUCCCACUCUUCAUGAUUAAGCGCAAAAUUUGGUGUAAUCUAUGCAUUGACUUAGUGGCAUUUACCAGUGAAAUAUUCAAGGGAGCAGUUUUCCAGUCAUUGGAUGGAAUUAUUGUCUCAGCUAACUGUAAGCUACGAAAGAUUUUCACUUUAAAAUCAAAGCCUCAAGACACUGCUGAUAAAGAUGCUGGAUAUGGUAUUCCUUUUCCAACAGAUGAACCUACAGACAUUAUUCCACGAAGCUGUCAACUAAUAACAGAUGUUCCACAAGUCACACAGCUGCUAAACAUGACUAAACUCCGCCAAACUGAAAUAAAAUUUGGAGGUCAUCCUCUUCGUUCUGCAGAAUCAGAUCAGUUCAUCAACAGAGGAACAGGUAGUAUGCAAAACAGUAAACAUCAAGAUGUUUGUCAUAUUGCCUUUGGAUCUAAAGUUUUUGGACCGCCUCCACUCUCUGGAAGAAGAAAUAACAUGAGAACCUCCAGUGAGACACUAAAAUCUACUGGGUCUAAAAAUAAUCGAUCGUGCCAACAGCCCAUGGCAGAAAAGAGUGUUAACUGUACAGAAAAGUCUGCCAUGUUGAUAUCUGAGUCUGAGGACCAAGGAGAUAAAGAAAAUAUUCGCCAAAUUAAGCAGGCUGUACCUACCCAUGCCAAUCUGCAUAUUAUACAUCCACAUCCCCCUCAAGAACCAUCAGCAGAUAAGAAUAAUAGCAGGAGAAGAUUACGUUUAAAAAGCACCAGCAGAGAAAGGACAGAGACACCCAGCGGCAGAUCUUCAAGAAAUAACAGGAAUGAAGAUAAUGAAAUAACUACCCCCAACACUCUCUCCCAGCAACGAGAAGAACAAUUGCACCCCAGAACUGCAGGACCCCAGUCACCUGAUCAUACAGAUGAGUGGAUAUUUCCUGAAAAGGGUGAUCGACUUCUCCAUUUGGCAUCUAGUCAACAAUCUCUGCUUCUAGAUGACAAUUCCUGCAACUCCUCACAUGUGUGGCAAGAAGCCAGCAAAGAAAAUGAACAUGACCAACAAGCAAAGGAAACCCAGAAUGUGCCAGUGGACAUUUUCACUUUUUCAUCAAGACCACGAUCAGCACCCCAUGGAAAGACUCAGAGUGUGUCACCAGAGGGUGGCCCAUUUAUUCUGGAUCUAAACAAGGAUACAAAUAACAGCAUAACAAAGAAAGAUGCCCAACUGGAAGAUGAUUUCUAUGUCAGUGACUGCAGCGAAGAGGAUAACCACAGUGGCCAGGGUCUUCCAGACCCAACAUCUUCAGGGUUAACUCAGUUAACUUUUGAGAGCUCGCUUGUAAAGGCAGAAAUGUGGACAAGUAAAGAAUAUAUAAACAGUGCACAUGCGAAAAGUGGAGCACCAGGAAGACAGAAUUCUUUGGCAAAGCAAAUAGAUAGCAACAGCUUUGAAACAAGUUUGGUGCCUGUACCAUGCCUUUCUUCCCCUGGAAAAAAGAAUGAAUUAUCUCAGAAAACAGCAGAUUCCAUUCUUAAAGCCAAGGAACUACCACCCCUUCAAGUGCCAGCUGCAGUAAACCCAACUACCCUGAAGGAAAUCUCAGGGCAGAGCUUAAAACCUCAAGUAUCUGAAUAUGACUGGAGAAACUAUCAGCCCAGUCAGAUGAGUGAUUCUGAAUUGCAGAUGCUGGCAAGCCUGCGACGGCAGCAAAACGAAGAACUAGAGGACACUGGGCCAUCCCAUGGCUUGAGUGCAUCCCAAGUUGACAACUGCAAUGUCAGCAUAAGUAGCAGCAGUGAUGACACAACCACUUGGAACUCCUGCCUGCCACCUCCUGUCAACCAAGGUCGUCAUUAUCAGAAAGAAAUGAAUCCACCUUCUCCCUCUAAUCCCCGGGACUGGUUAAAUAUGCUGAGCCCACCAAUUGUUCCUCGCAGUCAACAGCCAGCAGAACAUCUAGAUUCUUCUGGAAGCUUAAGUGCUCAAGGUGAAGAAGAUGUAAGUGUGGAAGAGGACGAGGAAGUGCUGACUCUGCUGUAUGAUCCAUGUCUGAACUGUUACUUUGACCCCCAGACUGGGAAAUACUACGAGUUGGUAUGAUCUCUCCUUUCAGGAUCAAAAAUUGUCUAACUCUAGGUGGAGCAGAAGAGUUCCGACACAAUAAUGAGUGAGUUGGGCAGGCCAAGGAAUCAAAAGUAACAGAAGCAAAUGUAUUCUGUAAAUGUUCAAUAUUAAUAAUAUCAGCUUUUUUGUAGUUUG